AUGUGGCACUCCAACCGGGCACCCACAGACAACCCAUUUCGCCUCACACUCUUCAUCCUCAUCUUUCUUAUAUAUGGGUCAUUACCGGUCGUAAAGGCGGAUUGUGUACUCUACGACACGUGCCAUACGGUAAAGCAUGGGACGGAAAAAUUGAGCUUGCCCUGUACAAAAAGCCCGGCAUCCCCGUCGAAGCCUCUCGAUGGUGCCAGCCAGAAGAAGCUUGCCGCCCUGUGUCCUCACUUGUUUUCUGAUGGCCCCAAUCCAUCCCUUUGCUGCUCGUCGACUCAAGUGGAUGUGCUGGUCAACCAGAUGAGCAUGCCAUCCCAAAUAUUGCAGCGAUGCGACUCGUGCGCCGACAAUUUCAUCAAAAUGUGGUGCGAUUUCACGUGUCACCCACGACAACACGAAUUUAUACAGGUGUUAAAAACGAAUUCAAGUCAGCCGGGUAACGCGUCAUAUGUGGAUACGGUUAAAUUCGAGCUGCCGGCUGAUUUUGGUCACGGGAUGUUCGAGUCGUGCAAAAAUGUACGCUUUAUGCAAAGCCGAGCCCUCGAUCUAAUGUGUGGAAGUGGCGAUGGCGAUUGUACCCUCAACAAAUGGCUGGAUUUUAUGGGAACCAAGGAUCACACCAACCAUAUCCCCUUCAACAUUAAAUUUCAAUUAAAUCGAUGCUUCGAGAUGAUUCCGCUCGAAUGCUACCCACUGGCAGCAGCCUUUGUGGCUGUAUUAAUCCUGUUGUUUUUCGUUAUUGUUAUCCUAUGCAACAAAUGGCUUCCAUUCCUCCGGGCUCGCAAGGGCAUCCAAGAGGAGCCAAUCAUGGAAGCCAGCUAUUCGUGUCUACCGUAUAUGGGCAAAUAUUUGGAGGAUUAUUUAGAGAACAAGGCCAGAGAAUAUGGAAGAACUGCCUAUCAUAAACCACUACGGGUACUAACUUUUGGCGGCCUAGUUGCCUUGUUAUUCAUCGUCCCCAUCUAUCGUCUAAGCUUUUCGGAAGAGCUUGUCGAUCUCUGGUCGGUUCCACAAAGCCGAGCGCGUCUCGAGAAGGAAUAUUACGACACUAAAUUCGGUCCUUUCAUGCGAACAGCACAGUUGAGCAUCUACCCUCAGAAAUUCCCAGCUGAUCAAGCUGCCGGGCAAAACCUUCGGGCCGCUAACGGAGAGAUGUUCGGUCCAGCCUUUCGGAGGCCAUUCUUAGAAUAUGCUUUCAAACUUGUUGCGGGUAUCCACGAAAUCUCAGCUGAAAUCUGUCUGGAUACCGAGGCUGAGCAAGCCAAGAACGGGUUUAUCUGCAAGAAUCUAGUCAAUGUAACGUUGAAUGAUGUCUGUAUCAAGCCAAUGGGCCCCACCGGGAACUGUCUGAUCAUGGGCCCUACUUCGUAUUUCCAGAAUGACAUCGCGAAAUUGGACCACAAACCACCAGCAGCCACUACUAUCGCCCCGGCAGAUGAUAUGUGGGAUUAUUAUGACGACGAGCCAGCAAAAGCCCAGGAAUUUUCUUAUUUGGAUCAUAUCCAGGAUUGCAUACGGAACCCAAUGAAUCUUCGCACUCGAUUCGGCUUAUCCUGCUUUGGUGAAUAUGGUGGCCCGAUUCAGCCGGAAUUCGUCUUCGGGCAUGAUGAUAAAUCACUAAACACCUCCUUUGCGUUGGCCAUGUUGAUCAAUUUCCCAUUAAUGAGUGAGAAGCAUAAUCUGCCCAAAGUGUUGGCAUGGGAGAGGGAAUAUUUGCGAUAUAUGCAGCAGACGCCACACGAUUCUUACACAAUCUCCUUUAUGGCAGAGCGAUCUAUUCAGGACGAGAUCGAAGCUGAGACUCGCUCGGAUGCCGUUUUGAUUGUAAUGGCUUAUAUCCUAAUCAUUGCUUAUGCCUGCUUUGUCCUUGGCCAGUAUGACGUGACAAACAACCAGCUAAGCUCGCUGAUGAAUCAAUCGCGUAUGCUGAUGGGAUUCCUUGGCCUAUUUCUGGCCGUCCUUUCGGUUGUCAGUUCAAUGGGUCUAUUCGCCAUGUUUGGAGUGAAACCAACCAGAUUGUUGCUCUUGAUCGUGCCAUUCAUCGUCAUAAUCAUUGCAUAUAAUAAUAUUUUUGUGUUUGUUCGUGCAUACCAGCGCACUCGAUUCGAACAUAAAGAAUUGGAAAUUCGGAUCAUCAACCUUUGUGGUUAUCUAAUUCCUUCCUUUGUCUCCAGCACAGCUUCAACUGUAGCAUGUUUUGGAUUGGGUUAUCUAUCCGGGGUCGCGACAGUAUCAAAUUUCUCAACUUGCUGUGCAAUUGCGCUAGUCUUGAACCUCUACUUCCAAGGCACCAUCUUUUUGGUGCUUUUCAUUUGGGACAGCAAGCGAGCAGAAGCCGGUCGUCCUGAAUUUUGUUGCUGGCAGAAGAUGUUCCCGAAUCGCUUAAUUCACAACGGCUAUACCAUUCUGUUGUUCAGAAACUUCUGGUCGAAGGUUUUGCUCUUCGGCUGGGUGCGAGGGCUUGUGAUAACCCUUUUUGCCAUCUGGACACUGGCAUCAGUGUACGCAAUGCAGUUUAUGGUAAUCGGGAUGGAUCCACGAAUUCCGCUGCCUGACGGUUCUUAUGUCGUCCGACAUUUCGACGCAAUGGAACGAUUCCAAUCGUUUGGACCACCAGUGUAUUUUGUUGUGAAAGGAGAGUUGGACUAUUCUGAUCCAAAAGUACAAUCGGCUCUUUGCACCGCUGGCGGCUGCGAUCCUCAAUCGUUAGGAAAUCUGUUGAGAGAUGCCAGUCAACUUCCUGCAAGUACCCUAAUACCAUUUGGUGGACUGAACUGGGUGGACGAUUUCAUGGACUGGCAGGAUGUCGUGGGAGAUCCACCAUGUUGUCGAAAAGACGAGUACGGGCACUUUUGUCCAGCGUCGAGCACAAAUCCGAAUUGCACAUACUGUGGAGCCGGGGAGGAUCAGUUCUAUGAACGCGUCAGCUACUUCAAGACUGACAUCCCGGGAGAGAAGUGUCCUAGGGGUGGAGCAGCCGCACACGGUGGUUCGAUUUCUAUGAAACGCCCGGGCGGCCGUCGGCACAUCGAUGCUUCUCAUUUCAUGGCAUUCCACAAGAAUCUCGCCACUAGCGCCGACUUCAUCGAGGCGGUCUCGGCUUCACGAAAACUGGCCAACACGCUCGAGUCCAAUCUUCGAGUUGCAACCGGAAACUAUGAAGUUGAAGUGUUCCCAUACAGCAUCUUCUACGUGUUCUACGAUAUGUAUCCAGAGCUUGUCUCCGAUGCAGUCAGUCGGAUCAUUGCGGCGAUGGUUGGCAUCUGGCUGGUUAUGUAUAUAAUUCUAGGAUUCGACUUCACCACAGCCACGUCGGUAUUGAUCUCUAUCAUGGCGGCUACAAUCAAUGUAUUCGGUGCCAUGAGUAUCUUCCAAGUCGAACUGAACCCAUUAUCGCUGGCAAAUAUUUUCAUGUCAAUUGCUGUCGCCGUUGAAUUCUCAGCACCCGUGGCUAGAGCUUAUAAGCACAGCAAACAGAAGAAGCGUAAUGAGCGAGUUGAAGAAGCCAUAGUCAACGCGGGAAGCUCGCUAUUCUCUGGCCUAUUUCUUUGUAUGUUCGGAGGUAGCAUUGUACUCGCAUUCGCUCAUGCGCAAAUCUUCCGGAUAUAUUACUUCCGUAUGUUCUCAACAAUUGUCUUUGUCGGGAUGCUCCAUGGGCUCGUGCUUCUGCCCGUCAUUCUCUCAUUUGUCGGCUCCAAUCACAAGCCUUUUGUCAGCAGUCCUCGUUUCGGCCAGGAAUGUUUCGAUUUCCUUACCACGCAUCUACGCAAGAAAGAACAAGCCAUGCAUACAUCCAGCUCGACAAGGCAUUCUGCCUCCCCCACCCCACAUUCCUUCCGCAACGAUCAAAACCGACGGGUUGUCGCCGCUAUGCCAAUCGAAGAAGCUCGCCCGUUGAUCAACUACGCCUUGUUGCCGCCCCUCGCCCCAUCGACACACUUGCCGCAUAGCAGCAAAGACAUUUUCAGACAGACCCCUCAGGGUAACCAAUCUCCAAUCACCGAAGUACACCGGUCUCUGCCACAUAUCAUUCAA